AUGAAGUUGAUCUGCAGCACAGUUCUGUUGGGGAUCGCUAUCGCCAUUGUCGGGUGCGGGGCCUUCAGCUUGACCAUUGUCCCCGACAAUCUGACAAAAGAACAGCGCUCCGCAGCCAUCGUCUCAGCUAGUUUGGCGGAGGAGAUAAGCCGUGAGUAUGUGAAGUAUCGACGUACUGGGAUCGAAUCGGAGAGGCUUCGGCAGCUGGGAAAGGAUCUGCGGAACAGUCACAGCAAGAAGGCCAUUUUCACAGAAUCCAUGGCUGAUUUGUCCUCCACUGAUCAGUUUUUCGUGUGCACCUUGUGCAGAUCAACCGUAAAUGUGUUUGUAAGAACUGGCAAUUCAGGAGAACUGAGUGAUCCUCAGAGGGAAGAAGAGGCCAAGAUGUGGUUUUUGGGCUUCUGUGAUUACUUCGGUAUUAGCACCCAAGAAGUGUGCUCUGGAUUAUUUGACCUCAACUACCAAUUUCUUCACUUUAUUCUUAACCACACUGCGGCUAAUUCACAAUCCUUCUGUGGAAUGCUACCCAUUCCCAUUUGCCAGGUGAAGCAGGAUGAGUUCAAUCUCACUUUGAGCAUCCAGGGGGAUUCGACCACUGAAUCUAAUUCGAAUUUGCCCGCUAAGAGCUCUGAUGAUAUCCUAAUCCUGCAACUCAGCGAUAUCCAUUAUGAUCCAGAAUAUUCCGUUGGUAGCAACGCUGUUUGCGAUGAGCCCAUGUGUUGUCGGAAUCCUUUGCCUGAAGGAGCUGAUUCCUCGGCAGCAGCUGGUUACUGGUCUGAUUACCGUGACUGCGAUUCACCCAAACAUCUCAUCUUGAGUGCCUUUGACCACAUCAAAGAAAACCACAAGAUCGAGUGGAUAUAUCACACCGGAGAUGUGCCGCCCCAUAAUGUCUGGUCUACGACCAAACAGGGAAAUAUGGACAUGCUGACCGAAAUCGAUGGACUUCUGGGCGAGUACUUCCCGAACACGCCCAUCUACCCUUGCCUUGGAAAUCACGAACCCCAUCCAACAAAUGUUUUCGGAAAUGAUGAGGUUCCCGCAGCUCUAAAGGUUGACUGGCUAUAUGAACACGUGUGGAGUUUGUGGUCAAAGUGGUUGCCCGCGGAUGCGAAGGACACCGUCCUUCGGGGUGGUUAUUACACUUUGUCGCCGAGCAAAGGACAUCGGAUUGUGGCUUUGAACAGCAUGGACUGCUACCUGUACAACUGGUGGUUGUUCUACAACGCCACUUUGAUUCAGGAGCAGUUGCAGUGGUUCCACGAUACUCUAUUAUCUGCGGAGCAGGCGGGUGAAUCAGUCCACGUUCUGUCGCACAUUCCUGCUGGUGAUGGCGAUUGCUGGAGCAGUUGGGCCAAGGAAUACAAUAGGGUUCUGACUCGAUUCAAUGGCAUCAUAACUGGAGUAUUCAGUGGCCACACCCAUAAGGACGAGAUGAACCUCCAUUAUUCCGAGGAGGGUCAUGCCACGGUGGUCAACUGGAAUGGUGGUAGCUUGACCACCUAUUCGAAUAAGAAUCCCAACUACCGGCUGUAUGAACUCAAUCCUGAUAGCUGGCAGGUGCUGGAGCACUAUACCUACAAAUUCAAUCUGACGGAGGCAAAUCUGAAGCCCGAUGAGCAGCCCCAAUGGGAUUUGGAGUACCAGUUUACCAAGGAAUUCACGGAGGAUACUAGUCCCGCGGGCAUCGAUCGUUUGUUAGUUGAAAUGGCAGAGAAACCGGAUCUGCUUAGGAAAUUCUGGAGGAUUAAAUUCACCAACUCAGAUCCCAAGUUGGCGGAGGGCUGUGAUAAUAGUUGUCUAAGUAAGACAAUUUGCAGGAUUGCCACUAGUAAUUACCAGGAACGAACUCGCUGCAAGGAACUGCAGGCCAUCCUGGCGGAGAGUUUGGAAAAUGAACCAGAAACUGAUCCGGAUGACAAUGGUGGUGGAAGUGCUUCCGGAUUGACUGCCCUCAGUUUGGCAUCUUUGCUGGCACUAAUGACUGCAUCGAAAGUCAUUGGAUAAGCCUUAUCAUUGCCCCCAGUCUAUUCUUAAACCAUAUUAUCAAAAGCGAUAAUCGCCGCCAUAAAACAGGCUAUAAAACUACUAUAGAAAUACCCGAAACCCCUGGAGAGAAAUAAAAACGAACAAUAAACACA